UCUGAACUCAAGCAGUCGACGCCCAAGUUGAGCCUAACACAGUCCCUUUUUAAAAAAAAAACUCGCCGUCGACACUACCGCUGCGCCUUGGCAGUAAACAAUUCGGAAGACCCACCAUCCACUACCCGUUUUCGGCCGUUCUCACCCAGGUCCAGGCCCCGAAAAAUAAUGUCUGGAGCGUUUCAUAUUCAAUACGGCCUCAUGUCAUUGGCUAUUCCAAGGGCCUAGACGAUAUCUGCUGGAGGGGACGGACGUCUAUUGGCUUUCCCGGCUGUCGUACAGAACGCUCGCUUGGUUAUAAAGCAACCGUGCACUCCAUCUCACUCACUAACCAGGCCAAUCAUGACGGACGCUCUGAAACUCGACUCGCUGAAUAUCUCAGCCCCGCCAACCCAGGAGGUCGGCCUGGAGACACCACAUGUCGAGAAGGAGGAUGAAGCCAAGUGCCCAGCUUCUGGCGCCAUCCCUUCUGAUACGACGGCGACUUGCCCCGUUACUGGCGCCUCCCUCCAUGAGGAUCCCACAGCCCAGGAAAUCGACCCAGAACUCUUACGCACUUCGAUAAACGCCCGGAUGGCCUACCUGAAGGAUUUCCUUGGUUUCGGGAAGCCCCAGCAGGACAUACUCAAUAAGACUAGCCCGUUAAUAUACGGCAGUAUCCCCGAGGUCGUGGAUGGGCUCUAUUCAAAAUUGUUCGAGUUUGAUGUCACGAAACAGAUCUUCAUGGAACGAAAUGAGGGCUUUGACGGGCCGCUACCAGCGAAACUGGAAGACCUCACCCUAGACAGCCCACAGCUCGUGUACCGGAAGAUUUUCAUGAAGGCCUGGGCCCGACGAAUCAUCACCGCUGACUACUCCUCGCCGAAGACUUGGGCAUACCUCGACAAAGUCGGUAUCAUGCACACUGGUGUCAAGAGUUUCAAGCAUAGGGCACAUGCGAAACCGCUGAUUGUACCCUAUAGAGAUUGUGCAUUGGCUCUUGGCUGGGUUUGCGACGUCCUACAGACUGCUAUCCUCCAAUUACCCGAUGAUAAGUUGUCAAUGCAGGAAAAGAUCGAAGCUAUCAGCGCGAUCACCAAGGUGAUAUGGAUCCAAAAUGACCUCUUUGCACGACACUAUAUCAAUGAAUGAAUAUCUUCUUUCACAUUUGUAGCCUUACUUCGUAACGAUACCGACACUAAUUGUACACUAAAUAUAUCCAACUUCAAGAUCUCCUCUUCUCCACUCCACUAACUGAUGUAUGAAAUGAAGAAGAUAGUAGCAUAACAAUGGUGCUUAGAAUCUA